UUUACCCAAAUGCAUGCAAAAUAUGAUGAAAUAAAAGGCUUAAGAUACAUGAAGUUAGAAUGCAAAGUGGAUAUGCAGAAAAUCAAAGCAAAAAUUAUAAGGGUGACUGAGUUUUACUUCUUCUAUCAGCCAUUGGAUGACUGGCCUAAUGCACGGGUGAUAUUGGCAGGCCUAGUGAAGAAAAAAGCAAUAUUUGUGCAUCCAUACAGAUUUCCAAUGUUUCCCCAGUUUCAUAUUCUGCUGGAUAAAAAGACAAAUGCUGCAUGGGAUGGUAGAACAGGCAGUGGAAAUCAAGCACAUUUUUCUAUUUCCAUACCAAUGGAUCUGUGUGAUAGUCUUACGGGGUCAUUCCAUUGUCACUGGCUAAAAUAAUAGCACCUGGUUUCUCAGAACACAAUAAUAUCUCAUUGGUCACAGGAUGGUACAAACUAGAUCACUCCCCUUUUACUAAAAAGAGCAAAAACUGUGGAAAAGUUGCAGUAUCAAAAGGUAGAGAUGUGAAAAA